GGACAGAACAAAAUCACAGGCCCGCAGUGUAACUAACUAGUAAUAGUACAGUAACUGAUCUCUUUCCAUUGCCAACCUCUCCACUCUGUAAAAUGUCUUCUCUCGAAAUAGAAACGAUCUCCGACGACGUAUCUCCGAUCGAGGAAGUCCGUCUUACCGUCUCCAACCACGACGACCCUACACUUCCAGUAUGGACUUUUCGCAUGUGGUUUCUCGGCAUCGUGUCCUGCGUUCUUCUCUCCUUCCUUAACACUUUCUUUGCCUACCGAACAGAGCCUCUCACCAUUUCCAUGAUCUCCGUACAAGUCGCUACUCUUCCGAUCGGACGGUUCAUGGCCAAAACGCUUCCAACAACAAAGUUUGCCAUUCCUGGUUUUGGUAACAAGAAAUUCUCGCUCAAUCCGGGACCGUUUAAUGUCAAAGAGCACGUGCUUAUUUCGAUAUUUGCUAACGUCGGAUCUAAUGCUGGCAGUGGUGCGGCUUAUGCAAUUAGUAUUAUUGAUAUAAUUGUGGCUUUUUAUCAUAGGAAGAUUUCAUUCUUGGCCAGUUGGAUUCUUGUCAUCACUACCCAGGUAUUGGGAUAUGGAUGGGCUGGGAUUAUGAGGAAGUUCGUGGUGGAUCCCGCCCAUAUGUGGUGGCCUAUUAGUCUUGUUCAGGUUUCUCUUUUUAGGGCUAUGCACGAAAGAGACAAUAAGAGAAUGUCGCGAGGAAAAUUCUUCUUGAUUGCAUUAAUCUGCAGUUUCUCAUGGUACUUAUUUCCUGGCUAUCUUUUCCAAACCUUGGGAACCAUUUCAUGGGUGUGCUGGUUAUUUCCCAACUCAGUAACAGCCCAACAAAUUGGCUCAGGCAUGCAAGGACUUGGUCUUGGAGCGUUUGCAGUUGACUGGUCUGUCAUAGCAUCUUAUCUUGGCAGCCCUCUUAUCACUCCAUUUUUUGCCAUUGUUAAUGUACUUGUGGGGUAUAUUAUUAUUGUAUAUAUCUUAGUGCCAGUAGCUUACUGGGGUUUUGAUGUCUAUGAUGCAAAGAAGUUCCCUAUUAUCUCCUCUCAUUUAUUCAAUCGCCGUGGACAGUUGUAUAAUGUAUCUGCCAUUGUUAAUGAUAAGUUUGAGAUAGAUUUGCAAGAAUAUGAGAAGGAAGGAAAUCUUUACCUUAGUUCAUUCUUUGCAAUUACUUAUGGAGUUGGUUUUGCUGCCAUUGUAUCCACUCUGGUGCAUGUGGGAUUGUUUAAUGGAAAGGAGAUAGUUCAACAAUUUCGAGCUUCGUAUAAUGGAAAGGAAGACAUUCACACAAGACUAAUGAAAAAGUAUAAGGGCAUACCUAAUUGGUGGUUUUACUUGACUCUUAUGUUGUCGUUAAUUCUGUCUCUAGUAAUGUGCAUUUUCAUGAAAGAGCAGAUCCAAAUGCCUUGGUGGGGCCUUCUCUUUGCAGUAGCUCUUGCUUUGAUCUUCACUCUUCCAAUUAGUAUUAUAACAGCUACAACAAAUCAGUCACCAGGGCUAAAUAUCAUCACUGAGUACCUAAUGGGUGUCAUAUUACCUGGUAGACCAAUAGCCAAUGUCUGCUUCAAAACCUACGGUUAUAUAAGCAUGACACAGGCCGUUUCCUUUCUUGCUGAUUUCAAGCUAGGACAUUACAUGAAGAUUCCACCCAGAUCAAUGUUUCUAGUGCAGUGCAUAGGCACUUUAAUUUCAGGAACAGUGAACACUGGUGUGGCAUGGUGGCUACUAACCAGUGUUAAGAACAUAUGCCAAGAUAGUCUACUCCCUCCUGACAGUCCAUGGACAUGUCCGAGCGACCGCGUUUUCUACGAUGCAUCAGUCAUAUGGGGUUUAGUUGGCCCUAGACGAAUCUUCGGCCAUCUUGGAAACUACUCAGCUCUAAAUUGGUUUUUCCUUGGAGGCGCGAUAGGACCUGUCAUUGUUUGGCUUUUGCAUAAAGCUUUUCCUAAGCAGAAAUGGAUUCCACUCAUCAAUCUUCCUGUUCUUUUAGGAGCAACAGCUAUACUGCCACCUGCUACAACUGUUAACUUCAAUUGUUGGAUUUUGGUUGGAACAACCUUCAACUACUUUGUUUUCAAGUAUCACAAGAAGUGGUGGCAAAGAUAUAACUAUGUGCUUUCUGCUGCUUUAGAUGCAGGAUUGGCUUUCAUGGGGGUUAUUUUAUAUUUUACUUUGACUAUGGAGGGUAAAUUCAUAUCCUGGUGGGGAAAUGAUGGGGAGCACUGUCCAUUGGCUUCAUGCCCAACUGCUGAAGGUAUUGCUGUUGAUGGAUGUGUAGUUCUUUAGUUUGUUCUGAUUCACCUUUUACAUAAACAAGGGAAAGAAGGCUUAUAGUUUUAACAAGGUUUUAGCAAUUGUGUAAAUGUAUAAGGUGAGGAUUCCACUUUGUAGAUUUUAUUGAAGAUUAUUUUAACAUUUUUUCUUUUUUCUUUUC